UAGAAAUUCAUACUAAAACCAUUCGCCAUCUAGUAUGAAGAUCACAUUUGGUCUAGUGCUAACCGUGGCAUUAGUGGCCUCGCUAUGUUCGGCGAGCCCACUCUUGGUCACAAAGCACGUGGUGAAGCGAUUGGUCGCAAAACAUCAGCAACCAAAAACCGUCACCCAUGCCGUGGUCUACACACCAGUCGUUGCCCCAACGCCGCACGUUGUUGCCCAUUCUCCAUCGCUUCACGCAAAGCUAGCCAGCACACUCGGGGCGCUUCUGAAGAAUCCUCUGCUACAGCAUCCCUGGCUUGCCAAAUUCACGCCAGGCGGUGUCGUAGAGGUGUACCGCAAACAUGUGCCCGCUCCAGCUCCCUAUCCUGCUGCCGUUCCUGCCCCAGUGCUGGAUCUACCUCAUGAAGUAGAGGAACACCACACCGUCACCACCGUUGUAACUCCACCGCCACCACCACCACCACCAGCACCUGCUCCAACUCCAGCCCCGGUCGUUGUUCCUGCCCCAGUUUAUGGUGUUCCAGCCCCAACGUACGGGCUACCAUCAACCUCCGAACACUCAUCCGCAUCCUCAUCAUCGGCUUCCAGCAGCUCCUCAGCAACGGCAUCGUCCGGAGUGAAAUAUGUCGCCGUCAAUCCUGGCGCACGCCACGAAGCACCCCUGCCUGGUUAUGACCAUUCGGUGGUGUUCGAAAACCUAGAACCCGCCCCAGGAACUGAGGGAUUAACGAUGUUAGUGCCACCGGUUGUUUCAAACGAGCUAAACAACUGGAACGCCGAGCCAGUCGUGCUCCGGGGACAGGAUCUGUUGUCCUCGGAUUAUUUGCGCAUGGCCAAUGUGCCCACGGGGGUGGAUGGUACCGUUGAUGGUGAGGCAAAGUACGUCGCCAUCAACAACGGUGUACGGCACGAGGCACCCUUGCCCGGGUACGAUCAUUCGAUCGUGAUCGAAAAUCUGGACACAGUUUAGUGAACC